AUGGCACUAGUUUCAGGAGGAAGAUCAACAUUGAACCCAGAUGCACCACUUUUUGUUCCUGCUGCUUACCGGCAAGUGGAGGAUUUCUCUCCCGAAUGGUGGCAAUUGGUUACGACGACAACAUGGUUCCGGGAUUAUUGGCUAAGUCAGAAUCAAGAUGGGAAUGGAUUCUAUAACAAUGCCGAGGAGGACUUUGGGUUUGAUGGGAAUGAUUUGGCUGAUUUGUUGCCGGAUUCAUUUGAUCUUGAUGCUGGUGAUUAUUUUACUAGUUUGGAAGCUCAAUUUCCAGAUUUCGUGGAUGAAAGCUUUUCUCCUUCACCUUCCAGCGGAAUGCUUGCCAAUGGCUUUGUGUUGGAAGCGGAGGCACCAAAGAAGGAAACAGGUCUGAAAUCCAGCGCUUGA